CCUCGCGCGGCCCGAGAUUUCAGUGUAAACUUCAAACAUGGCGGGACCCAUUGCAGAGCGUGACAAAUGAUUUUGUAGAAAAUACACAAACCGAAAAUAUUUUCGGAAAGUUUCAUGUGCAAGAAUGCGUUUGCUGAAGCCAAACUGGGUAUCCCACGAGGGCAAACCAAUUUUCUCAAUUGACAUUCACCCAGAUGGCUCAAGAUUUGCAACGGGAGGUCAGAGUGAUGAUGCAGGCAAUGUGGUCAUCUGGAACAUGGGCCCGGUCCAGGACGAAGAGGUGGAGAAGGAUGAGAAUGUCCCAAAAGUACUGUGUCAGAUGGACGACCAUUUAGCUUGCGUGAACUGUGUUCGCUGGUCUCACAGUGGCAAAUUCCUUGCUUCGGGAGGUGAUGACAAGCUUAUCAUGAUCUGGCAGCACAGCAAGUUUGCCCGGCCGUCAUCAGUGUUCGGGUCAAACGUCGUGAAUGUCGAAUCAUGGAGGCCUGCAUCUACACUACGGGGGCAUCUCGGAGAUGUGCUAGACUUGGCGUGGUCCCCCCAGGACAUCUGGCUGGCUUCCUGCAGUGUGGACAAUACCAUCAUCGUGUGGAACGUGCACAAGUUCCCUGAGCAAGUUGCAACGUUGAAGGGUCACUCAGGCCUUGUGAAAGGGGUUACGUGGGAUCCAGUGGGAAAGUACUUAGCCUCACAGUCAGAUGACAAGACACUGAAGGUGUGGAGGACGUUAGACUGGCAGCAGGAGACUUGUGUGGCAGAGCCUUUUAAAGAGUGUGGCGGUACGACCCAUGUACUUCGUCUCAACUGGUCGCCAGAUGGCCACUACAUCGUCUCAGCACAUGCCAUGAACAACUCGGGCCCCACGGCGCAGAUCAUCGAGCGGGAUGGGUGGAAGGCAACGCUCGACUUUGUUGGACAUCGGAAAGCUAUUACUGUUGUUAGAUUUAACCCUCAAAUUUUGACCAAAAAGAUAAAGAAAGAUUCCGGGAAGAGUCAGCAAUAUUCAUGUUGUGCUAUUGGAAGUAAAGACAGAUCUCUUUCUAUAUGGUUGACUGCCUUGCGACGACCCCUGGUUGUCACACAUGAUUUGUUCAACAGCUCAAUCAUGGAUAUAUCAUGGAGUCAGAACGGCCUGGAGCUGAUGUGUUGCUCUAUAGAUGGUUCCGUAGCCUAUGUCAACUUUACUCAAGAGGAAAUUGGUCAUGCUUUGUCUAAACAGGAAGUGCAAACACUAUUAGAGAAGAUUUACGGCAAGAGUCUACCUCUGCAGUCCAACCUGGCCGCCAAUGCAGCGAGUCAGAUAAUCGAGUCUGCGGCACUUUUCAAUCUUCAGCUACAACAGAAAGAGAAGGAAAAAUUCAACGACCUUGAGAACAAGAGCAACUCGUCCAUGAAGGUCAACGGGGAGACGCCAUUCAAGGUGUCACAAAAACCCAACACUGAUCCGAGAGAUAAACAGAUCGAGACGAAGACGGCUGAUGGAAGGAGGAGAAUCACGCCUAUCUUCCUUGCUCCUCAGCCAGAGAUCGGAUUUGAGGAGGCUCCUCUACCCUUCACAAGCAAAAAAAUAGAAUUUGCUUCGUCUGAAAGACAGAGCUCAAUACAGAUAGAGAAGCAGGAUCGAGUGACGGGCCCGGGGAUACAGUCCUCUCCCUCCCAGUCCCUCCAGUCCCCACCCCCGGGCAGCAGCCUAGGCUCCCAGGACUGUAAGACCCCCUCCACCAGUGACCCACACAAGGCCACCGACGCCAAGACACCUGCCUCUUCCGCCUCCACUGCUGUGUUUCAGCCGAUGAAAGCCCUUGAGAAGACGCCCACAAAAUCAGAAAAGUCGAAGUCUGUCCCAGUCCCAAGCACUACCACCACCACCACCCCAGCAGAGAAGUCAGUCGAGGACAAACAGAAGGAAUAUCAUCGUGCAAAACUCGCCUCUGGGCUGUCACUAAAACGGAAGAUCGAUGACCGGCGGCCAGGGAAAGUGGGACGACCGCGGAAGGCUGAUAGGGAAGCAAGGGAGGCAGAGAGAGCAGCUAUCAGCAUAUCCCAGUCAAUCUCUACCCCGCUUGCACCUGACCGAGAAAUUGUACGUCAUGUGCCGGUGCCUAGUGACCUUCACCUUCCCGUGCCAACCAUUGAAAAGGCAUCGAACAAACAGAUUCUAGGCAAGGCAGGCGUCCCUGGCUCUGUAGCUCUAGAGGUGGAGAACUGCGUGGGUGGCGGCUCUCACAAGCUGCACAAGGUCAGGUGUGUCAAGGAUGGAAAUGUCACAUGGGAGCAGGUCAUGACCUCCAAGGUCAAUGCUGUAACAGGGUCAAGCCAUGUGUAUGGAGUUAGCUGUGAGAAUCAUUCCGUGUCCUUCUUCAGCGAGGGAGGGAGAAAAACCCUCCCGACCAUCGUGCUGAACUCUAAUGUCUCAAUACUCAAGUGUACCAACUACCAUGUCAUGGCAAUAACUCGCAAAGGGAGUCUCUAUGUCUGGAAUCUACAAUCUCGGUGUGCUGUUAUAAAGAAUGAAUGUCUGGCAUCAAUCAUGACAGGCUCGGACAAGGUGGAGAAGACUGCUCUGACAUCUGAUGGGAUACCAGUCAUUUCCCUCUCCAACAAAAAGUCCUACACAUUUGCCGUGGAACUGGGAACAUGGGUUCUUGUCAACGACAGAGAAGACACUCUACAUCUGUGUUCCAACCAUCAUGGCUGCCUGCCGCCUGGGAGCGUCAACAUGAUAGCCGGACCCCUCACAUCACUACAGGCCAACCCGGACAGACCUGGCCACAAGGCAGCAGGCAUGCUUGGCUCCUCAUCAGAACUGAAGAAGACGGCCACACUCAGCCACCUGGAGUCACAAGUUGCCGUCUGCCUCAACCUCAAGUCGACAUCGGAGUACAAGUUCUGGCUGCUUACUUAUGUCCGAUAUCUAGUCCAGGAAGGUUUUGAAACCCAGCUACGGGAAGUGUGUAAUGAUCUUCUUGGGCCGCUCUACAAGUCCAAGAAGUCCUCCUCAUGGCAGGAACAAGUGCUGGGUCUCAACAAAAGAGAUGUUUUACGAGAAAUCCUCCCAAUAAUUGGCAGCAAUCUCCGAUGGCAGCGCCUCUACACAGAAUAUCAUGAGCAGCUAGAGUCAGUCUGAGUCGGCCUACCUCCUGGUUUCAUCUACUUGCUUCUCUUCCUUCAUCAGCGGGGGCACGAGUGGCCCAGUCGUCUAAGGCGCCGGGAUUCGCUGUGCAGAGUUGCGUCCCUUGGGCACGCCAUAAACCUAUGAUUGUGGGUUCGAAUCCCGGUUCGCCCUGAUUAUGUUUCUAGGUUUCUCAGCACCAUACCCGUGCUCGUGGGUUUCACUGAAGUGCAUCACUUCGGGCUGUCCUGACAUGCCGUGAUAUAAUUGGAAUACUGUUAAAAGCAGCGUAAAACCAUAUUCACUCACUCACUCACUCCUUCAUCUGUAGCCUGGAGCGUGGAGGAAGGCCGGCUAGGCGCAGCUCAUGGAAUCAUUGUACAUAUUCAUGGGAUGAAAGGACCACCGUGAAACGAUCAAUACUUAAAUGUUGUGCUGUAAAAAUUGUAAUCUAAGAUGCCAAACCCAUUGUUGAGAUCUUUAUGAAUUCAUCUUCUGAUGAUCAUGUAUUUGGUAUAUAUUGCUUCCCCACCCUUACCUUGCAAUAAUAUCAUGAAAUAUUGCAACCUAAUUCUUACCUUGCAAUAAUAUCAUGAAAUAUUGCAACCAGGUUCUCACCUUGCAAUAAUAUCAUGAAAUAUUGCAACAAGAUUUUUAUACCUUGCAAUAAUAUCAUGAUAUCUUGCAAACUGAUUCUUACUUUGCAAGACAUAUAUCAUGAAAUAUUGCAACCUGAGUUUAACUCUAUGAUAUAUAUAUCAUGAUAUAUUGCAAAUUGACCUGUAGCUUGCAAUAUAUGUAUCACUGUAGAUUGCAACCUGACCCUUAUCUUGCAAUGUAUAUAUCAUAUAUUGCAACCUGAGCCUUUUGCCUUCUGCUGUCAAUAUACAUCAUGAUAUAUUUAAACUGAUCUGCAGCUUGCAAUAUAUAUAUAUAUAUAUAUAUAUAUAUAUAUAUAUAUAUAUAUAUAUAUAUGUAUGACACAGUCUGGUCUAAGAUCCUGUGAUUCAAUGUGCAGGGUUGCAUUCCUUGUUUUGCCAGGAUCCGCUGAUCAUUCGCCUUGGUUACGAUCCUUGUUCUGUCAGCACCAUACCAGCACCAUCUCCAAAGUGGUAAACGUCUAAGACAUGCAUCACUCCCACAAUAGACUGACACCCUGUGAUAUAUCUGAGAUGUUGUUCACAUAUUGAACUCCAACUCACUUUUGUGACUGACGUUGAUUCACUGCCAGACCUUGAGAAGGUCAUAAGAGGAAAUGUGAGGAAUAAAAUACAUACCGUAUUCGACCCAAUAAGCGCCCAGGGCGCUUAAAAUAAAGACAGAAGGGGUGGGUGCUUAUUGGACCAAUUCAGAGUCAAAUUGGCGUAAAUUCAUCAGUAAGCCUUAAGUCACAAAUAUCUAAAAUAAACAGAAUACAGUCAUGCCCUGCUUAUACGGACUUCAAAUAUCCGGAAACCUCGGUUCCUGGAUGAUUUUAAUUUAAAUGAAAUUAUUUCUAUAUAAAUUUCCGGAACCGGUGGGGGGUGCUUAUUGGGACAUGGGCGCUUAUUGGGUCGAAUACGGUAACAGUUUACUGCAAGGAGACUUAAGGAUAUUGAUCGCCAAUCACUAUGUAAAUACAUCAGCAUUCUGCAAUGCAAUUCAUCGAUGCUGUUUCAGCAGUGGUCUCUAACAUACCGUAUAUCGCCAUCUAUAUUGCGAGGUUUUGGCCCCUAGAAUGACGGGGUGAUGAAAGGGGUAUAAAAGGGGUAGAAGAUCUCACGUUGUUUUCCAGCUACUUCAGCAGUGGUCUCUAACAUACCAUAUAUCGCCAUCUAUAUUGCGAGGUUUUGGCCCCUAGAAUGACGGGGUGAUGAAAGGGGUAUAAAAGGGGUAGAAGAUCUCACGUUGUUUUCCAGCUACUUCAGCAGUGGUCUCUAACAUACCAUAUAUCGCCAUCUAUAUUGCGAGGUUUUGGCCCCUAGAAUGACGGGGUGAUGAAAGGGGUAGAAGAUCUCACGUUGUUUUCCAGCUGCUUCAGCAUCCAUUGAAUUUGUCAACCUCUGUUUGAAAGUUAGGUGACUGACGACAUUGAAACUUCGCAUUUUUUCGUCUGAAAUAACUAUAACCAGAAAUUUUUGUAUAUAAAGACAAAUUAUAUCUGACAUCCUGACUUUGAAGGUUUCUACAGAGGGGGUCGUAUAAUCAAGGGUGAACCUACCGGCACCAUUGUAGCAGAGGAGCAAUUGCUUACACCUUAACAAAAGCACUUUUUUUUAAUAAUUUAACCUCAAUUUAUCAUAUAUGCAGUAAGUUGUUAAUUCAAACUCUACACGGUCGAACAAUAUAUUUAUUGUCUAACUUGAAAAUCGGAAUCUUUACUCACACAAAUGAAGAUGUAAAAACAUCGAUAUAUAUAUUAUCGAUUCGUUUUAAUGUUCAAAUUUCAUUUGUCAUUAUAGAUGUUUGAUGAAUGAAAGUUGACAAUGCGUUGGGGGGAAACACGUAUAUAUAUUACAAAUAAAACAUUAUAGAUAAAUUCCCAAUAUUUGUUACAAAUAAAAUCUAACAUAAACGGUCCCCAAAUGCAGGAAAUAGGGUUUAAGAGCAUCUAAUUUAAAAAACAUUCUGGGGGAGUUUGCCUCUAGCGUGCCUUUGUAAAGUAGAUCUUGCUUACAGUUAAAAAUAGCCAAGUUGCGCCCCUAAUUAUAGACAGCAAAAUAUGGUAUGUCUCCAUGGCAGCAUCUUUACCAGUUAUUGGUUCAUCUCAUCAAAAGUCAGGGAAGAGCACAGUCAAGGUUAUCUCAUCUAUUGUCUCAGGGAUUUUGAAUCCAGUCCCAACACUGGUUAAAGCAGCAUGUAAAUUUUUUGAAUUUGACAAUCAGCCUUUAUUUUCUGGAGGAAUCAGUUUAAAUUUGUGCGACUCAGUGGAUUGGUUGGUCAGACUCAGUGGAUUGGUUGGUCAGACUCAGUGGAUUUGGUUGGUCAGACUCAGUGGAUGGGUUGGUCAGACUCAGUGGAUGGGUUUGACAGACUCAGUGGAUUGGUUGGACAGACUCAGUGGAUUGGUUGGUCAGACUCAGUGGAUUGGUUGGUCAGACACUGAUUUGGUUGAUAGCAUGUCAUUGUACCCCAAGGGGCGGUCGGGUAGCCUAGUGGUUAAAGCGUUCGCUUGUCAUGCAGAAGACCCGGGUUCGA